AUGUGUGACUGUUUGCGGCAAUUAUGGCUGCUGACACGCAAAAAUCUAAUUCUUAUUCGGCGUAAUAAAGUAUGGACGUUAUUCGAAGUGAUUCUACCGACUUUAUUCCUACUUCCAGUUAUAUUGCUCGUUGUGAGGGUCAGUUUAUGUUUAUUCGCAGGCGGUGUAAUAUUCAACCAGUUUGACACAAAAACUGGUAAGCUGGACUAUAAAAUACUCAUACCCUCUGGUUCUGAGAGUGAUGAUUUAUGGAAUCUCGAUAAGGAAUGGGAUGAACCUUUCGGACCUAACAACGAUUACAACAGGAUUCCUGGUAAACCUCCCUACUGGUCGUCGGCUUUUCUAUCAAUUCAAUAUGCUAUUGAUAGUCUAUUUAUUGAGGCUUCCACAGCAAAGGUCACGAUUCCACCAGAACUGCGUCUAAGGCGUAUGCCUGAGGCUACGUACAACUCGAAUAGUAUCGCAGUUUUCCUAUCAAUCUCUUCGUACGUCUGGGGUCUUUGCGUGUUCGUGUUAGUCAUUCAUACAGCAAGAGAGAUAGUCAGUGAGAAGAGCACGGUAAAGGAUUUUCUAUCCGUUAUGGGUCUUUCGACUCCGGUUUUCUAUCUUUCGCAUUUGCUUUAUGCUACAGUGAAAUGCUUUAUCGUAUUUUUGAUAGGCGCUAUUCCGCUCACCGCUCAUCUUGGACAUGUGAGCGCGUCACUCUUUCUCGUUACGAUAAUGCUGUAUGGAAUAUCGGCGGUUGUUUUUUCUGCGAAUGUUAGCAUAGCUUUUCCUCUACAUGAUAUUUCAGUGGUAAUCGUGUUGUGGGUUAUAUUGGUUGCGGCGCGUUUCCGAGCUCCACGGGUCGAUCAGAUUCUUUUCUGUACCCUGUACUCGCUGAACCCGAAUGCAGCUCUCUUCUAUGCUCUCAAUACCUUCGCCGACUACAUGAAUCGCGGUCGCGAAUUAUCGUGGUCAAACUGCUUCGAAGAUGGCACAUUCCAUUUUACGGCUGGAGCCGCGUUGAUUAUGCUGCUUGUGGAUAUUAUCUGGAUGAGCGUGGCGACGCUGCUCUUUGACUUCAUGUUCAGUGAUAGCGACUUCACGUUUUUCAAACUGCCAUUCGGCAACAAGGUUGUUCAACGAUUUUUCGACCUUGCUAAUCUUCCUUUCACAUCGCUCCUUCUUCAAACGCUCUUAUUAUAUUCUCAGGCUGAUAAUAUGAUUUGGUCUUCAACAGGAGAGCGUGCUGUUGACGGUAUGUCGCUGGAAGCGUAUGUGGGACAGGAAACCCCUUUAAACUUCGAAAAAGUGGCGGUCUCGACAGCUACACUUAUACGUGAACUUCCGUCCAGUUGUUUAGGAAAGGUCUUCAUCUGUGAUCUGGACGUGCAGAAGCAUCGGUCAGAGUCCCGUAAGCGAAUCGGCUUGUGCCCACAAGCGAAUGCGCUUUUCAACAAAUUAACAGUCGAUGAGCACCUUUGGCUUAUUCAUGGGCUUAAGGGAGCGAGUGGCUCUUAUAGGGUGGAAGCGCAACAGCUGCUUGACCAACUUAAAUUGGAUGAGAAAGCCAACGAGCUCGCAAUGAAUCUCUCCGGCGGUCAGAAGCGUAAGCUUUCCGUGUCGAUGGCGGUGAUCGGUCACAGUUCCGUGGUGUUGCUGGAUGAACCAACAGCUGGUAUGGAUCCAGGUGCUCGAAGAGAUGUAGAGGCGCUUCUGGAAACGAUUAAAGUGGAUCGAACAGUUCUGCUUACUACACAUUAUAUGGAUGAAGCAGAACUGCUAGGAGAUCGUGUUGCAAUCAUGGCCAGUGGUAGAGUGUACUGCUGUGGGACACCGCAGUUUUUGAAGAAAAGAUUUGGAACCGGCUAUGUGAUGACGGUCGUGGCCGCUGAGAAGGCAAGCGCUCAAGACGUUGCAGAAACAUUAACUCGCACCGCUGCAAGAUACAUCCCUGGAGCCGAAAGAGGAAAAGUUCACGGAAAACAAUUCGAAAUUAUCCUACCGAAAGAACAGCAAGAAAGGUCCAAGGAUUCCCUGAAGAUUACCAGUUUUGGUUUAUCGCUGAACACCUUGGAACAGGUUCCGGUUCGCCAAACAGGCUAUUCGCUGAUGUUUGCCCAAUUACGUGCCAUUUUUGCUAAAAGAUUUCUCUACUGUGUUAGAAAUUGGUCACAAUUGAUUGGACAAGUGUUAAUUCCACUUGGAAUUUUGAUUUUGAUCGGUUACCUGUCAGGAAUUCAGAAGCAGCUAAAUGGCGACAAAGCAUCUGAUGGAAGGAUCCGUACACAACUGCUUGCUUAUUCUUCCAAUAUUUCGACGGGCAGAGUGGUGGACGCCUUGCUGGGACCAUUCCUAGUUUUGGCCUUGGCGCUUGUAACAUCACCUUUUGUCAUUUUCCUAGUGGAAGAGCGUGUCAGCAAAUUUGCGCACCAGCAGUCCUUGACGGGUAUAUCUCCAGUCUUAUUCUGGGCAUCCUCGUUCCUAUUCGAUUUCCUCUUCUACUCCAUUAUUUGCGCAUGUUUCUUGGCAGUGUUCAUAAUAUGUGGUUGGAUGCAAGGGUAUCUCGGAUUCGUGAUCCUGUUGUUUGCUCUAUACUUUUGGUCAUGUGUCCCGUUCAUUUACGCCGUGUCCUUCAUGUUUUCAUCGCCAUCGAAGGCGAACGUUUUACUGAUUCUCUGGCAGUUGGUGGCUGCAUUUGCUGCUAUGAUGUUCAUAUUUAUUUUUGUACUUGGUGAAAUUCUACAGCCAACAAUCAGCGAAAUCAUCAGGGUAACGAAGAACUUCAUUUCUUAUUGUGAUAAUUCAGGUAAGAAUUUAACAUUCAUGCUGAUAUUCGGCUGCUUUUCCUCAUUGCUCUUUCUGAUGUUCCAAUUCAAAAUCGUGAGAUAUAGAUGGUUCCAACUUUGGGAUUUGUUAUAUCGAAUUUCCGUACAAACACCCGAACAAACAGUCAGGGACAGACAGAUAGAGCGCUUCAUAUAUAGUAAGGAUUCCACGAUAUUUCAGGAUUUGUGCAAAAUGUAUGGGCAUCUGAGAGCGGUUGAUGGUCUGACGCUAGGUGUACGAAACAGCGAAUGCUUUGGACUGCUCGGUGCAAACGGUGCUGGAAAGACAACUACUUUCGAUAUACUCACAGGACAAUCAUUUGCCACAUCUGGAACCGCUCGAAUAGGCAAGCAGGACGUGACGGAGCAAAUCCCCAUCGGUUAUUGCCCUCAAUUUGACGCACUUCUUUUGGAUCUAACUGGAAGAGAAUCUCUAGAGGUAUUCACUUGGCAACGUCGAAAAAUCAGCGUUGGACUAGCGCUGCUCGCUCCAACACGAAUUAUCAUCCUGGAUGAACCAACGGCUGGAAUUGACCCCAAAGCGCGUCGUGAUAUCUGGGAAGUCUUGUCGAUUAUACGUGACAGUUCUGACUCGGCUCUCCUGCUAACCUCUCAUAGCAUGGACGAGUGUGAAGCGUUGUGUAGUCGAAUUGCGAUUCUACACAGGGGCCGAAUGGUGGCGAUUGGGACGAGCCAGCAGCUGAAAUCGAGAUUUGGGAAUAGCUAUACAAUAUCGAUGGUCGCACCAGGAUUGGAAUCUCGUAAUGCUGUCAUUGACGCGGUGAAAAGAGCAUUCCCUAGAGCUGUUCUGAAAACACCCAAAGAAAGCCUCACUCUCAGUUUGAAAUGGCAGAUUCCGAAGUCCGAAUCGGACAGGUGGUCAUCACUGUUCCGCGAUGUCCAAACCGUGGCCACUUCAUUGGGAGUUGUUGAUUUUUGUGUGACGCAGUCCUCGCUCGAAGAAACCUUCCUACGGCUUUCCCUAGACAGCGAAACUGAUGGCAUCGACAGCAGUUCAAGAACAGCAGUCGAGAACAGAACAGAACAACGAACGAGCAGUUCAAGUCGAUGA